CAGUUUAUUUAUACGUCCGUGGGGGAGGGAGGCCGAGAUUCGAGCGGUGAUUGGUCGAUUUUCCGCUAGCGCGCAAAUACUGCUCGCGGAACAAGAGUUUGAAUAAUCCUCUAUAAAUGUCUGCCAUACUUUUUGUAAUAAUGGCGCAGACGCAGAAGUGCGUUGAAGGUAUUUAAAAAAAAAGUUGGACGCAAGAGCCAAGCUGCUACGCGCCCUAAACCAAAACAACAACAACAACGUAUUUUUAAAAAUAUUUUAUAUUGAUAUUGAUGUUUAUUUCGUGUGACAGUAAUUGGCGUUUCCUGGAGUAGGUAUCAGUAUCAAAGAAUAAUUUCUGUUGAAUACUGGGUAGUGGUCAGUGAUGGAGUGGGAGUUGGACCUGCAACCUAUCGGCACUGUUCGAAGCUGUUUUUUGUGCAAAAAUGGCACACCAAGGCAACCGACCAUCGCUUCUAGCGCUCGAGGGCAGUUGAAGAUCAGGAAAGGCAUAUACAACAAUCCAGAACAUGCAUUGGAAGGACUUCGAGAUUUCAGCUAUGUGUGGCUCAUAUUUCUUUUUCAUAAGAACAAGUCCGGGAGGUUCUCAAAAGCCAAGGUAUCGCCUCCCAGAUUAAAUGGUGGCAGAAUUGGAGUGUUUGCAACAAGAUCACCAUACAGACUGAACCCCAUAGGGCUUAGUCUUGUGAAACUCGAGUCUGUGGAAGGCGACACGCUUCACUUCUCCGGUCACGACCUGGUGGACGGCACCCCAGUGCUCGACAUCAAGCCGUACAUCAGGGAGUACGACUGUCCGCCGGACGGGCCGGGAGGUGCCGCGUCCCCAGCCGAGCGCCCUCCGUCGGCCGGGGCCGCCGCGCCAGCAGCCGGUGACGGGUCGGCACCGCUGGCCGGUGUAGCGCCGCCCGAUGAACAGGCACUCGAAGACGAAGGAGACGACACCUCUGACCUCUCCAAAACUAUGGAUGGCCUGUUGUCACCGUCUGGCGAUGGUGUUGCUGAUGCGGAUGCCGUAACUGAGGUCGGACCUGAGGACAGCCGGUGUGAGCCCCACACUGUUCUCCAGUCAGUGAAGAGCAUGGCACAGUCGAGGAGCCCAAAUCCAGCUCAGCCCCAGCCUCCUGACAUCACGGCAGACCAGAGUGUAGCCAGUCAAUCACCGGCUGGUAGUCACGCGUCUGCAGAGGACUGCCCCGCCGCCCCUGAGCCGGCCGACAGCCGGGGCGGCGACACCUGGCUGUCGCGCCUGCAGCCCGAGCGGUGGACGGUCGGCUUCACGGCCUGGGCCGAGUCCCAGCUGCGCCGCUUCUCGGCCUCCGAGUCGGCCGGCGCGCACCGGCUGCUGUGCCUGCGCAGCGCGGCCGAGCUGCGCGCCGCGCUGGUCGCCCUGCUGACGGCCGACCCGCGCUCCGUCUACCGGCGCGCUCAGGACGACCAGCUGCUCUACCACCUGGCGCUGGACGCCAGCCACGUCACCUGCUGGUUCGACGCCUCGCGCCGGGUGGUGGAGGUGCUGCGCGUGCAGCCGCUCUCCGACAGUCCGCUGGCCAGUGUGGCGGCCGCAGCGGCCAGCCGCGACGACCACUAGGUCGGGCGGGCGGGCGGCGGGGGCCACCGGGGAUUGGUUAUCCGUCCUGUCGGUGGAUAGUUUGACGCAUUCACCAUGUCAUCGUGGUGUGUUUUCAAUACACCGAAUGAAGGGGA